AUGACAAAUUUUAUCAGAGAAAAAGUUUUUUUCUCUAAACACAAAUUGACCUUUGAUAAUGAUAUUCGUAGUAAUUCUAACGCAAAUAUCAAUAGACCGAAAGUUUGGGCAAUGACAUGUCAAGAAUUGUGCGAAACAGUCCCAUACUUUAAAUCAUGGAAUGGUGGUAUUUACUAUAAGAAUGGUGUAGUUUGGGGAUACUUAUUGGAUGGGUUUGGUGCCUUACGUGACCCAGAAUAUGAAUAUUAUUGUAUACCUGCGGACGAAGGAAAAAUUAAGAAUGAGGAAAAUGUUAUCGAAGCAGUUUUAUCUAUCAAUCGAGAAAAUUUCAGUGAAAAGAAUCACGAAGAAAAUCAAAUGAAGAGUGAAUUGAUUUCAAUUGUCUGUCCAGAAUGUGGACUUCUGUCAAAUAAGAUAUAUGAAGAUUUAUGGAUUUGUCUAAAUCACAAUUGUAAACAUUUUUGGAAGUCUCUAUCCGUAGAUUUCAUAUGGGAAGAUGUGCCAGAAAACUUAGAUUACGUAAAAUCAUUUUUAAGCCCAGGAUUAUUAGAUACUAAUCAAAGAAUACAAAUUCCUUUUUCAAUACUACCUCCUCAACCACAAAAUGAUUCAUUUAUCAAUCUUUUAACUUACAACAUUGGCCGUGUUUAG